AUGGUCUUUCUUGUGGAACUUGAUGACCUCAUCUACCAGGGUUUCACUCCAUCUUUUGGCAAAGAGGUCCUGUUGGUGUUUGUGCUGCUGUGCUUUGUUACCGGCAAAGCCGCAGCCGGAGCUCCAGCUGCAGAAGGCCUGGUACAGCAUGGAACAGCAUGGAACAGCAUGGGGAUCUUGACUUGCUUCACUCUUGUCGCGUCGUUUCUAGCCUUGGGCGAUACUACCUGUCGCUUAGGUUGGAUGAUGCUUUUGGCCGCACAGACAGCAAGACUGUUCGAGAGAGGUCACAAGAACUGCGUGAACUACUCCUUUAUUUGGGACCCUGUUAUGUCAAGCUUGGACAGGCGCUGGCAAACCGUCCAGACAUCAUCAGAGAUGAUUACAUGGCUGAACUUGAAGCUCUUCAGGCACAAGGGUACGGGUUUCCUGACCCUUGCUGGUAAGCUUUGUGCACUGAUCGAAACUGAGGACAAGGUGCCUCCGUUUCCAUCAAGUGAGGCCAUGUCCAUCAUUCGUGAAGAGCUUGGCCAGGACUUUUCCCCCAUUGGCUGCCUUCCGAACUGGUCUGCUGCGCCUUGGAUCUCAGCUGUGUGGGAGCCAAUGCUUUUAGCUUGGUUGCUUGUCCUAGCUGAUCUUGGACAGGUUUACCGGGGCAGAUUGCGCUCGAACAGAGCGGAGGUUGCAGUUCAGCGGCCUGGGCUGAAGGAUACCCUCAUUCUGGACAUGUUCAUCUUCAGAAGGCUCUCCCAGCUGCUCAACAAUUGGGCCCAAGCGCACUUGGGCUGCAAUGUGACGCUGGUCGUUGACGAGUUUGCCUCAAAGUUGUGGGAGGAAGCCAACUAUGAACAGGAAGCCAAAAAUGCGCAGAUGUUUGCAAAGAAUUUCGGACAAGAUCCUACUGUCAAGAUCCCUAAGGUCUUCAUGCAGUAUGUUAGUAAAAAGGUCAUCACAAUGGAGUGGAUUGAUGGACUGAAGAGCACAGACCUUGCUGGCUUGAGACGACGUGGGAUUGACAUCAACGAGUUCAUCCGGAAUGGGGUGCAGGCUGCCUUGCGUCAACUCUUGGAGUUUGGUCUUUUUCACGGAGAUCCACAUGCGGGCAACAUUUUUGCCAUGGAUGAUGGGAGGAUAGCGUACGUUGACUUUGGCAAUGUGGCAAACAUCUCGGAAAGUCAACGAGAUGUGCUUAUUGGUGCCAUUACGCACGUGUCCAAUUCAGAUUACAAGGAAAUCGCCAACGAUUUUAUUCGCCUGGGCUUUCUUCGCCCUGGCACUGAUGUGUCGGAGAUCGUGCCUGCCAUGGAGACCAUUUGGGCUGACUCCAUGGGCAAGUCCAUCAAAGACUUCAAUUUUCGCACGGUCACCGGGCGCUUCUCGAAGCUUGUUUACCAGUUCCCAAUUCGAAUCCCAGAGAGGUUCUCGCUGGUGAUCCGUUCUUUGCUGAUGCAAGAGGGGAUUUGCAUGUGUCUGAACCCUGAUUUCAGCAUUAUCGAGGUGGCUCUGCCUUAUGCCUCCAAGAGGCUACUGAGCAAUCCGAACCCAACUUUGAGGCGGGAGCUGCUGAGCAUCGUGUUCAGCGGCCCACCUGAAAGACCAGUCCUGCAGUGGGACCGGUUGACAAACCUGGUGACCUUGGCAAAGCAGGCAAGGGAUGGAACUUCGAUUCAGAUAAACCAGGUAAUCGUAGACUUCUUUCGCGGCCUGCGUCGAGACGUGGUCAACGGUGUUGAAACGGGUUUGGCUCCUGCAAAGGUGCUCCAGGGUGGCUUGCAGGCUCUUACGGCCGGCGAUCGGCUGCGCCUCAAGGAUGUGUUGCAGUUGGUGGAGCUUUUGAGUCCGGAUCUCACACCGGCAUUAGCCCGAGAGGUGGCUGAUGCCCUUAUCCGGGAUUCAGUGGAGGAUGUACUUCGCGAAAGAGGUGUUCAACUUGAACUCGAGGAUUUCGAUCCUCGAGAUCCUCGUAACUUGGGCAAGGUUCUCACCAGCGGCGAGCUUUUCAAGCUCUUGCCUGUUCCAGGAGCGGCCUGA